AUGGAUCGCCCAAAGGGUAAGCGCAAGCUGCCAAGGAACGCCGACGGCACGAUUCGGAAGGCCCCUUCGCCCCCUGCGGACCCUGCUGUAGGCAACGACUCUCCUCCCUCUUCCGACCAUGAAGGCGCCAAUAUUUCUCCCAUGCACACCAACGACCACGACGACGACUGGCGCGAUGAGGAUGCGGGUGGCGAGUCAGUUCGCGGGCAGGCGAAACUGCCGUUCGGUUCUGCGGUUCGCUCUGCAGCGAGCGCUGCGGUGUCUGCAGCAGCUCGCACAGCAAUGGCGGUGGCGCCCGAAGUCGCGCCGCCUGCGCGAAAAAACGCGGUGCAACCUCUCCACCGGUCGACGCAGCAUCGCCACAGGCGAGCGCGGUGGAGCAAGGAGGACGCCGGGAUGGCGGGGAGCUUGGCAGCAUGGCUGAAGCCCCCAGCUCAGCAGCAGGAAGGGCAGCAUGGUUCGCCUCAAAUUAUGGAGACUGAAGGUGCGGUGGAGAUGGAUGUUGAGGUGGGAGAUGUUGGUGCGGACAGCAGUGAUCAUGAUGCCGAGAAGAUCUGCAGCCCGCAAGAAGAACAUGACCGCACCAGCCGUGGCGACAGCAGCGAGAGCGAGACCGACAUGCUGGUAUGUUCGGGUGUUGGUGUUCCGCUGGAAGAUUGGUUUGGUGAGGAUGACCAGGCUAGAGCUGCAGAGCUUCUUUAUUCCAGCGGCGAGGACAGUUUUCUCGACGCACUAGACGCAAGCCGCGACCGCUCUCGCGGCCCCGGCGAACUUGACGGAGAGAGCGGCGACAAGGCUGAUGAUGAUGUUCAGCCUCAGGACACCGGCGAAGCAGAAGCUGUGGGAGACACCGGCGAAACAGCAGCUGUGGGAGGAGCCGGGCACGCAGCCUCUAGCGGUACAAGUGGUGAGACCGUCCGAAAAAGUUCGAGGACGAACCUUUUCGACGGGCUGUACGCCGACCCCGCCCGCGCACGAGACGGGGCACUCGGCCGAUGCAGUGGGCCUGGGCGAGGCACACGGGUGGCGUCGGGGGAUGGAGCCAAGGGGAGGUUUGCGGGGUUGAACAAAAAACGAUUGAAGCACAGAAGGCGCGAGGAGAGGAAGAAGACACCGGAACAACGAGCGCGAGAGCGAGAAGCGCGAGAGCGAGCGCGAGAGCAAACGCGAGAGCAAACGCGAGAGCGAGCACUCAAAGCGCAGAGAAGGCGGGAGAACACGCCGCGAGAGAAGGAGCUCUUGGACAUCUACCAGAAAGUGGUGGACGCUAUCGACAAGGCGGAGCAGUCCAACAGCUACAGCGGUAUUGUGGAGGACCCGACGGAAAUGCUGACGGAAUCUCGUCUCCCGUCCAUCAUGCGUACCGCCUUGGCGAUUCGGGCGUACGCUGUCCUCGGCGCAGGCGGUGCGCAAGUGGGUAAAGGAGUUCUGCCAAGACAAUUUCUCAUCAGAAAACGACUUUACGAGAUAAGCCAGGCGGACUCCUUCAUCGACCAUGAGGACAUCGCCGAGCGUUGCCGGGAGGAAAUCGACCGGCGGCUUUACCGCCGGAAGAAAACGGAUCCGCGGUUUCGUGUCUCGGACUUUCAGAGGUGGGUGAACACUGUUCUUCUGAAAGAAGUGUUUUCCGGCGGAGGAGGCAACUAUCGGACAACGGCGCACAGCUGGAUGUGCAGACUCGGCUUCAGGUGGAAGAAGAGCGGGACGUGCGUCUACGUCGAUGGCCACAACCGCCCGGAUGUCGUCGAGGCCGGGCGGGAGUACGUGGCGAAGAUGCUCAUCCUGCGAAAGAUGAUGUCCAUGCGGAGACAAGCUGUAGAAACUGUGACGAUGGCGAGAGUACGCGACGCGCCCGAAGGGGGGGGCGCAUCUACUGGGGGAGGCGACGACGACGACGUCGUUGAGGGAUGGGCAACCGAUUUGGACCCGCUGUUCUGGCCAGCAGUUCGAAGCGCGGCGGACGGCAAGGAGGACGUCAAGCACGUGCUAGUUCACGGCGAACUUCGGGCCGAGGGUAAAGAGAGAGUCCGAUGAAGAUCGUAGGAGUUUUGGUUGUGUUGGUAUUUUUUUCUUGAUUAUUUUGGAGGGGUAUUGGUUGUGUUGGGAUUUUUAUUGAUUAUUUUGGAGUAGUAUUGGUUGUGUUGGAAUUUUUCUUGAUUGUCUUGAAGGAGUUUUUCUUGUUUUGGAGAUGGUGGUAACGGUGAGGGUAAU